CCUUCCUGAGACGUUUUUGUUGGAUUUAAACAGGAAGUGUCUAUAGUUAGUCUUGUAGCUCAAAAUUACAUUUACGGUUCCGUCAAGGAUUUGUAGAGUUAAUUGCAUUUGUUAUACCAAGGUCUCUAGACAAAAGUCAACCAUUGUUACUUACAACUUCAGUCGGAUACAUGUAGCCAGCCAGUCAGCCAGAGAUUAGUGCGACACAAGCGCAGAACCUACAAAAGUGGUCGAUUGACUGCGCGAUUAUGAUGAGUGCAACAGCCAUUUGUACUUACUAGCGUGGUAUCUUACGAGUGGUUUAGAGUGAUAAAAUACCUAGCAUCUGGUUGUAACAUAUUCACGUUGGGUGAAGAUGACAUUACAAGUGGGUUGCCUAUCAUUCAGGCAGCCGUACGCGGGGUUAGUACUUAAUGGUGUAAAAAGUAUUGAGACACGUUGGCGCCCCUUGUUGUCCGCAAUGGAAAAUUGCACUCUAGCUAUUCAUAUUGCGCAGAAGGACUGGGAGGGCGACCAGUGGAGAGACAUGCUCACCAAUACACUUGGAAUGAGCCAUAUGCAAAUAGAGGAGCUUCUGGCUUCAGGUGACAGAUUCGGCCGUGGAGUCGUGGCAGGCUUGGUGGAGGUGGGGGAGACUUGGUGCUGCUCUGACAAUGUGCCAGAGGAGGAUCUGAGGGAGCUGGAGAAGGCAGCAGUGCUCACUGGGCUCACAGAGAAACACCUCACACAGCUGUCAAACCCACGCUGGCUCAAGGAACCCCUUUAUGCCAGAGGUCACAAAGACAUUUGGACAGUGGACAUCCCAGUACAAUUACUGCCAUCUGCGUAGAGUAGUUGUAAAAUAAUGUAUACUAACACGUUUCUAGAGAUGACACACGAGCUUUAAGGUGGAAUAAAUUACCAAUGGACUGCAUUGUGAAUGUGAUUGUAUAUCCUGCAUGUCUAAAACUCUUAUAUUGACCCCAUAACUUUGUUGCAAUAGGCAUUUAUUAUUCAUUUAAAUCUGUCUGCAGGGAGAAUGGGAGGUAGGGCAAACAUUAGAGCUCUGGGGCCCUGGGGGUAAAAGAGGGUGGGGGUGCCAUUCCUGCCAUCACUAGUUGUAGACUGAAGGUGGUCAUGUGGGUCUGGUGCUGGGCUUGACAAGAUGCUUGGGAAUUCCUCUGAAUCUGCAACUCCCCAGACAUCUCUUUGAGGACAGAGAUCAGCUUGGGUAGUAAGCCCGUGCUGCGGCUGCUGGAGCUGCUGCUGUCAUCACUCCGCUCAGCCUCCUGGGGCCAACGACAUGGCUGAAGUGCUUAGGAGUGGAGCUCUGCAGUUCAGCCUAGUCAGAGUUGCGUUGCCUGUGUCUGCCAAGCUUGGGCUAUGCUGGUGGCCAGCGGUGUUCUUGUUGCUGUUACCCAACUUCUCCCUCCUGUGCCAAGCCUCGUGCAUUUGAGCAGCACACAUCUCUUCAUUUGGGGUAGGAGAUGUUUGAGUCCUUGGCAGAAAUUGGGAUUGGAGUAGUAUUGCAACGGCAAGGUAAAAAAAUCAGUGUCAUUCACUCUACGAUGGUCCACAUUCUUUUGGGUAAUGAAAUGUAGUACAAGUUGGCAUCCACCGGUGCAUUUUGAGUCUGAGCAGUGUCUUUCUGUGGUUUCUUGGAAAUGGUUUUCUGAGCAAGAAUCUGGAAUGCGACUUUUUGUCCUUGACUCCAGAGCGCAUACCAAUACAGAGUGAGUCGAGGACUCGGUCUUUGGUAACCGAAAUGUCACACAUACUUUUAUUAUAUUUUUUAUAUGCAACGUAGACAUCUAAUGAUAAGAUGCUAAUUCUACUCUGAUUUCAGAGCACUCUCGUCUGAUUGUGCCAGAGCGCAGAAUAACAGAUGCAUUCAACACCCAUUGAAUAUGGCCGGUGUCAGUAAACGUCCGCAAAAAAAGCGUAAUUAAAUUGUUGCCAGCAGCACAGUUAGUCACCAACCCUCUGGAUAACAUGAACACAGCCUAACCAGCUCUGCUAGGGUAAGAAAAAUGGUCAGUGAGGAAUUCUCUAAUUUCUGCCUGGAAGUAGCUAGCAAGCUAGUUUGGGUGCUUGACUGCCGUUGUGAGUUCAGAACGCUCAGAUCAACCCUAUUCCUCAUCCAGAGCGUCUACUGAAUUUACGAACGCCCAGAGUGUGUGCCCUCUGGCACUCCAGAGUGAAUUUACGAACGCACCCAGUGUCACAGUUCAUAUUGUUACAUUCCAAAUAAAAUGGAUCAAACAUUC